CUUAUAAAUAUUGGUAGCCGAGCACUAUUUCAUGUGUACAGUAUAAUAAUUGUCAAGCAUGAUUAAAAAUGAAAUACAAAAAAAUGAUUUUUUUUUAAAUAGGCCAAGAUAAUCAGGACACCAAAAUGUGUUCAAAUGCUGGUGAUUUGUAUCAGUUUCUUCAUUAUACUUUGCAGCAUGUUGGAUAAACAUCCACAAACCGCAGUGUACAUCUGAUAAAUACUUCUGUCAAAUCUGUAUCUCCCAGCUGCUUCUAUAAACCACUUUUAGGGUCAGCGCAAUAAUGUUUAUAAAGUUGAAAAAAGACUGAUUACAUAAAACUGGUGAAACAAAAACAUGCAUUGCAGUCAAAUACAAGCUUGCAUUAGCUAUAGAGCUGAGGGAACACAAAGCCACUUUUUCAGGAACAGUGGCUUGAAACCUGGGUCCAGAAGACCGAGAGAUCUAGUUUGAGCCAACUUUGCUGUAUCAGACCCCGUCUUCCCUGGUGUACCAUGCAGUGGACUGAAUCCUAGUCUCCUGAAACCAAGUUCCAAGCCACAAAGUGGCUCUGUGUUUCCUCAGCUUAAGAUUUUUCACAUACAUACAAUCAAAUCACACUGCUUGUUCACCUUCAGGAAGGUUUGAAGGUACUGCAUUCAUAACUUUAAACACCCAAUCAUAAUACUUUUAGCAAUACAGUACCAAUACUAAAAAGAAUCUUCCAGACUGCCAUCGUUAGACUUUAUCUAACAGUAGUCUUAUACUACGAAGAAGACAUUCAGUCUGCAAGGUCCCUAACAAGACAUCUACAGAAUUAUACACAACAUUCCAGUACUGUACACCGCUGUAGCGGAUUAUGAACACUGGCAGUGAGAUUAGGCUAGCUGCUUUAUAGCUAAACCAGCCUCCUUUGUGUGGUAGUUAAGAUGAUGGCUUGGGGUGUGUGAAGUCUACGGUUCAUGCCCAGCCUCUGCCCUGUUACACACUAGGGCUGGCAGGCAGCCUGUUUUAACCUAGUGAGUUAUUAGUUCCAUGUUACCACCAGACUGUAUCCAGCCAUGAUGCAAACAGACUGCUGUAUAUCUUGUUUGGGGUUUUAUGAGAAUCUAAUUGUACUGUAAAGUGCAUUGCAGAGCCAAAACAAACUUUAAUGAAAACCAAAUAAAUAUUAAACCAAGAAAAAAGUAGGAAAGCAAUGUUUAAAUGAAGUUUUGCCGUUAAAAAUCUAAUUGGCUAUUGGUUAAAAAAUAGGCUUAGGGGGGUUUGCAUGAAACAAAAUGUGCCUUGUGUCUUAUUUACAUGCAUGUACUUAUACCACCAACCACAGGCUUCUUUCCAUCCACUGUAUGCAAAUUAGGAUUUGCAUGGCUCUUUCCAAAACUAGGCUUUCAGAUGGCUUGGGAUGGUGUGCAUACUACAGAAAUCAAUUCAUCCUUUGGAUUAAAAUGAAGUGAGAACAGGAUAAAAGCUACCUGAAUGCUAAAAAGAUGGAAGUAAGAAACAGCCAGAAUGGGUCCAACAGCACCGGUACAUGUAUCAAAGAGGACGACAUGUAUGUGAACACUCUUUUUUAUCCGAUAGUCUACUCAGUAUUUUUUAUCGUUGGGUUUCCAGCAAACUGUUUGUCUUUCUAUAUCGCCUGGAUUUUGGCACUGAGAGGAAAUGAGGUAGCGGUCUACCUGGUAAAUCUCUGUGUUUCGGAUCUUUUGUAUAUUUUAUCUCUGCCUGUUUGGAUUCAGAAUUCCCUCAGACCUCAUGUGGGCAACACACUGUGCAGUCUGACUUAUUUCAUCAUGGACAACAGUUUCUACAUUGCCGCCUCAUUCCUCUGCUGCAUCUCUGUGGAUCGUUACUUUGCAGUGGUUUAUCCCCUGUAUUUUGCCACUUUGCGGUCUGUUAAAUUUGCUGUGCAGAUGAGCAUAGUUAUCUGGGUUGUAGAGUUAUCCUUGCACAUAAUAUAUUUGUAUUAUGAGGAUAUGCUAUAUUCUUUCUCUGAAGAAAGACUGUGUGAUAAUAAACCUCCUAUACCGGAAAAGGUUGCCAUUGUAAAUCUGAUAAGGUGUCUCACCGGAUUCCUUUUACCCUUGCUUUUAAUGUUUUUUUUCUAUAUGAGGAUUUUAAAGUCUGUUUUUGCCAGCACCGGGACUGAAGACAGUGAGAAGAGGAAAAUCAUGAGGCUACUGUUUCUUUUAUUGAUGACUUACUUUGUUUCUUUUGCUCCCUACCAGACAAUAAUGUUCCUGCGAAGCAUUUGGGAACCCCGAAACUGCGCUUUUGCUGAACAAAUGAGACACCCAUAUCUUCUCUCUGUAGCCCUGACCACAUUAAAUAGUGUGUUGGACCCAGUUUUUUACUGUUUUAUGAGUGAAUCCGCAAAAAAUGAAAUAAAGAAAUUGCAGCAGUCUUUGAAGGGGAAGCUUAAGAAUAUGCCUUUUAAAAAAUCACCAUCUACUUCCACUGUACAUACAGUAAGCCUUAAUCAGAUUCAUCCAUGUUGAGAACCACAAGCUAUAUAUUUUAUAUUUUUUAUAGUUAAAAUGCUCUGUCAGAACAAAGACCUUCUGUAUUUUUAAGGUGACUCAAUGUGCUGUAUUUAUAAGACUGUUCUUAAACAAAUCAUAAAUAGCUUAGUUAUUGAUGCUAAAACAAAGACAUUAGGUCACAGUAAAUGCUGGGUUUUACUUUCCAUCUUUUUAUGAUUCUUUUUUUUUUAUAUAUAUUUGUUAAUAAAAAUUGUCAUCUUCACAAUUACCGUUCAUACUACAAUAUAUACAACCCAGACACAACACUUAUUGUUUGGUAAACCUCAUAAAAAAAUCUACUUAAUUGUACUGUAGAAGCACGGUGAAAGCAAAAUUCUCUGCAAAAUAUAUUUGCAAAGAAAUAGAUUUUCACCUGUAAAAUAAAAUCCCUUAAAACUUACUUAAACUUAGUCAUACAAGUAAAUGUCAUGUGUUUACGCAAUGACACAUUCCACUGACUAGGUCCAUCUAGGUCUGGAGUUUUGAUUGAAUAUAGCACCAUUUGAUUGGAUCCACCCCUUUACACUAGUGGCAUUAUUAGCGCAAAUAAGGACCAUAUCAUUCUAGAUAAACAUGCCUUUUAGGUAAUGAAGGAAUAGUACCAUGCAAAUGUCAAAGUCCGUCAACAACAGUAAGGAAAACCAUAAAUGACCAUGAAAUCAUUGCUGUUUAAUUACCUACUUAUAUUAGCUCAGAGACUCAACAUUAUUUAGUAACUCAUGUGUACACCAUUGGACCUGAAGAUGCUAAUGCCACUUGCUGAGCCAGGAAAUCUGGGUAAAUCUCAAUACACUGCUGCAGCAUGGACCACAGCUGGCUCAAGGGUUGAUGCCUUCAACAUAGUCACCUGCAAUUGCAAGUACUGCCAUAGGUUCUCCUGUUUCCAGUGAUUGCAAUCUGGUGUUCCUUCUUUGUUGCAUACAUAUGAUAGACUCGCACUAAUCUGAAGCCUGGUACAGUAAUCCAAAAUGAUUUAUAAUCUGCACUAUGCUGUUGCUGAAGGCAGCCG